AGUUUUCUGCCGACGGAAGUGACGGAAAGGCGGCGAUGGCGGCUCACAGUUCGGUUCCGGAUUUGCUGUGAACUAGAAGCGGUUUAGAUGGCUGCUGGUUUGACUUUUACGGUGUCUUGUCGUAUUUAUGCAUUCUUUUAAAGACGGGAAGGGUAAAUGCAGUAUAACUAGAGGAGUUCAGAAGUUUGGUCGAUUUUUUCCCUCCGUAAUACGGAAAACCAAACCACUUGCUAGCUCGCCAGACAAUCUGCUUGUUAGGUAGCUAGCACUAGCUAGCUAGCUGCUAGCUAGCUGCUUUGCUUAGGUAACCAGUAAUCGCGAGCUUGUUUGCUAUCAAACGAUAGUCUUAUUCGUCCUGUUCGUUUGAACUACAUUUUAUAAAUUUUAUUGAAUUAGUCGUAACUUUUGAGCAAUAGCUGAAAGGGGUCCACGCGUUUGUUCCGUCUCAAUUGCUGAUUUUGACGCGUUCGGUACAGUUAGCAACUAGAAACAUUAGCAACGUUUCAAGGUUUCGGAAAGGCUCUGGAGGUGGAUUUGCGGUGCAGGUUCAGUCCCACUCUGAAUAGCUGGUUUGACAAAACAAUUUGUUGGGAGGGCUAGAGCUUGUUGCCUCCUCUUCCCCCGAUUCCUGCGUGGGUUGCUGCGUGGUUGUCGACAUGCUGAAGACCCGGCAGUGUCUACUUGGGAUCCGCACUUUCCUCGGAGUGACAUCCAGAAUAUGGGGCUUCAUUUUGUACAUACUCAGGAAGCACCUUCGCACGAUAAUCCAGUACCAGACAGUGCGUUAUGACAUUUUACCCCUCUCACCAGUAUCCAGAAACAGACUUAAUGCUGUAAAGAGAAAGAUUCUGGUUCUGGAUCUGGAUGAGACGCUAAUCCACUCCCAUCAUGAUGGGGUGCUGCGGCCCACAGUGCGGCCCGGCACUCCGCCCGACUUCAUCCUCAAGGUGGUAAUAGACAAACAUCCGGUCAGGUUUUUUGUACAUAAGAGACCGCAUGUCGACUUCUUCUUAGAAGUGGUCAGUCAGUGGUAUGAGCUUGUAGUGUUCACUGCCAGUAUGGAGAUCUAUGGGUCUGCUGUGGCUGACAAGCUGGAUAACAACAGGGGCAUCCUGAAACGUAGAUACUACAGACAGCAUUGUACACUGGACCUGGGUAGUUAUAUUAAAGACCUUUCUGUGGUGCACAACGAUCUCUCCAGUAUAGUCAUUCUGGACAACUCGCCUGGAGCGUACCGCAGUCAUCCAGAUAAUGCAAUACCAAUAAAGUCGUGGUUCAGCGACCCUAGCGACACGUCGCUUCUUAACUUGCUGCCCAUGCUGGAUGCACUAAGGUUCACUGCUGAUGUCAGGUCUGUCCUCAGUCGAAACCUCCACCAGCAUCGGCUCUGGUGAUUGGCUGCUGGGUCUUUUUCAAGCUCUGGUCUCUUCUUUUUAAAAACCCUUCCCUACCAGCUGCUACCCCACCCACCCACCCAUACCGUUGGCCCUUUCUCUCUCCAUGAUCCCUUCAACAGAGUCAAGUGAAGAGAUGGAGAGGGGGGUGGGGAGAAGAGGAUGACCAGAGGAGAAAUGAGGGGGACUGGGGAAACUGGAAACAAGUGGGGAAGCCAGCUUUCUUCAAAGUCGAGUCUCUGCCUUACAAUUCCUGAAGUUGAGCGUGCAUGUGUGGAGUAUGUUUGUGUAUGUGUGUGUGGAAGUAUGCUAGUAUGCUUGCUUUCAUCUUUUUUUGCGGGAAGUCUUUUUAACUCUUUGACAAAACCGAACAGAAGAAAGGACAGAGAGACAAUGAAGCCGGCCUCUCCCUCUUUUUCUCUCUCCAGGAGCCAUGAACCCCUUGUGAUCUUUUUCCGUCCCACAAAUCACUUGAUACACAGGCCUGUUAGACUCUUUUGCUCGAUAUCUUGCUGCUCAGCUAAAUUUUCAUGUUGAUGGACUACAUAUCACGGGAUAUAGCAAAGAGAAACGACAUGGAAAGCUGGAUCAAAAAUAUUUGUUGGAAGGGGAAUGAAGUGCAGGCAAUUUCCCAUUCCAAGCAGGGUGAUUGGGGUUGGCAAUGGGGGGCUUUGUUGAGGAAAGUGAGGUGUGGGGUACGUAAAUUGAAAUUGUAGGAUGAAUUCAAAGCCAUCUCAAUUAUUGAUAUGUAAAAGAUAAGUACGAUAUUGUUAUUCCUAUAAUCCUUUCAUUGUAAAUUUUUGAGCCUUCCUCAGAAUCAGCAGGACGAUACUGAAGAUUAAAAACAAAACUUAAGCUCAAGAUUAAAUUAAAACUGUAGGGAAAUUGCACACCUCACUUCCUGCCAUUGGGAUUGAACACUGAUGUACAUUUCCAACCACUUGACUCCUUACCUGGAGGGUUGUUAUUUUACAGUUGAAUUAUAAAUCUGUUUCUACAACUUGUAUUUUAUUUAUCUUGAACUCAUUUCUGUUCAUUUUUGCUUGAAGCCAAUUUGCCAUUUUUUUGUUUGUUUUUGCAUCCUUCCUCAACAGGACCCUCCCCCCUCCCAGCCCAUCUCGUCUCGUAAUUGCCAGUAGAACAGUUUGAGUAGCUCCAGGCAGCUUCUCUUUUGGCUCAGUCCCCAGGUCUGUGCGUGUUACUAAUAAAACACUUGUCAGUAUCAAGA